GAGUGGGAUUUGGAGGGCCAUUGCUAAGUGGUCGAUAUUGCUGGGUUGGUGGGUUUCUGGGCUGUGAGAUUUUAAGGGUCCGUUUGCCAAGUUCUUAAUGAUCGCGUUUCUCGCACUUUGGUUGCUGAGGACCCUCGUUGCUAAGGACCAAAGUUGCCACGAUCCUGGUUGCUAAGGUUGUCUGGUGUUAGGGGCAACUAUGGGAUGUUCGGGGACCCCUCCUGCCCCUUUCUAUCUCAUUCCUUCGGUUCCUGCGCCUCUCCUAAACCUCCCACCUCACUGCAUCUCCUCUCCCAUACUCAACUCUCAGCAGAAGUAUCCCUACUCGUAUCCCCUGAAAAACUUCGCCCUCCCUCAUGCUCCCCGCUGGCACACACGCUACCAUGUCCUGCCUAAUUCUGAAGUCUUCCGUCAGUCAGUCCUGUUUCGCCUGCUUUCUCCUCCUAAACGUUCCCCUCCUCGGCCUUUCCACCUCACACAGCCUUCCACUCUGAACUAUGCCUUUCCUCAUCUCUGACAGUUUUACUACCAUCCCUGACUCCAGGAUGAUUAGCCUCUGACCCUCUGGAGACCCAGGCAGGGAAGGUGCAGGAGGCUCAGGAUUCAGACUCGGACACUGAGGGAGGCGCUUCUGGCGGAGCGGCAGAGAUGGACUUCCUGCGGAACUUAUUCUCCCAGACCCUGGGCCUGGGCUCCCAGAAGGAGCGUCUGCUGGACGAGCUGAGCCUCGAAGGAGUGACCCGCUACAUGCAGAGCGAGCGCUGUCGCAGGGUCAUCUGUUUGGUGGGAGCUGGAAUCUCCACAUCUGCGGGUAUCCCUGACUUCCGCUCCCCAUCCACCGGCCUCUAUGCGAACCUGGAGAAGUACCGCCUUCCUUACCCGGAAGCCAUCUUUGAGAUCAGUUACUUCAAGAAACAUCCAGAACCCUUCUUUGCCCUUGCCAAGGAGCUCUACCCCGGGCAGUUCAAGCCGACCAUCUGCCACUACUUCAUCCGCCUGCUGAAGGAGAAAGGGCUGCUGCUGCGCUGCUACACGCAGAACAUAGACACUCUGGAGCGAGUGGCCGGGCUGGAGCCCGAGGACCUGGUGGAGGCCCAUGGCACCUUCUACACCUCCCACUGCGUCAGCUCCAGCUGCCGCCAAGAAUACACGCUGAGCUGGAUGAAAGAGAAGAUCUUCUCAGAAGCAACCCCCAAGUGCGAGAAAUGUCAGAGUGUGGUGAAACCUGAUAUCGUGUUCUUCGGUGAGAAUCUUCCGCCACGCUUCUUCUCCUGCAUGCAGUCAGACUUCUCGAAGGUGGACCUCCUCAUCAUCAUGGGCACCUCCCUGCAGGUGCAGCCCUUCGCCUCCCUCAUCAGCAAGGCACCACUGUCUACCCCACGCCUGCUCAUCAACAAGGAGAAGACGGGCCAGACAGAUCCCUUCCUGGGCAUGAUGAUGGGCUUGGGAGGCGGCAUGGAUUUUGACUCCAAGAAAGCUUACAGGGAUGUGGCCUGGCUAGGUGACUGUGACCAAGGCUGCCUGGCCCUCGCUGACCUCCUCGGAUGGAAGAAGGACCUGGAAGACCUUGUCCGGAGGGAGCAUGCCAGCAUAGAUGCUCAGUCAGGGUCACAGGCCCCGAACCCCAGCACUAGCACCUCCCCUAGAAAGUCCCCACCUCCAGCCAAGGAGGCGGCCAGGACCGAAGAGAAAGAGAAGCACCCCUGACCACUGCCUCCCGAGCAGCACAGAGGAGCCCCAGCCAGCACUGGCCCCUCUAACACGAGCUGCUGUGGGCUCGGUGGAUCCUUCAUUCUCUUAACCACUUUCUUCAAACCAGGGUCCCCAACUCAAUCCCAGAAAAUUCUAAUCUCCCUGAGGGCUGAGGGCUGCACAGCCCAUCCCACAGCCUCUAACCACCGAGGGCAAGAAGAGACCUCCCCUAACUUCUAACAACUCCCAGAGAUCAGGUUACCCCCAAACUGCUAACUGCCAGAACAAGGCAUUUCUCCAUUGUUCUCAGGGGGCCAUGUCUAAAUCAAAUUAACCUACCCCACAGAAGGGCUGGACUUCUAUGGUGAUGUAGAACUGCACCCAGGGGUUAGAGUCUGUGGGGUCUCCAAGCCUGAAGGCCCCCCAGUUCUCUGCCUCCAACAGACAAAGUGGGUGCUGGCCUCCCUUUCCUAGGGACCCUCUUGCCAGCCAGUGGGAGAUGAGCAGGAGACUUGCUUAUUGGAAACAAAUUAAAAACCAGAACAAAGCAACUAA